AUGUCAACCAAAGUUAUAGAACUGAAAAUUGAUGAUGAUAAUGACGGUGAAAAUGCAUCUAGAAAAAAAUUAUCAACAACUAUUAAAGAUAUUGUUUUGAUUGGAAUCUGUUUUCUUAUAUUAAUAAUAAUGAUAAUAGUUCUAGUCAUUAUGCGAAGUCUAACAAUACAAUUAUUAGCAUUAAUUAUAAUAAGUACAGUUGCAAUUUUUCUUGUUAUCUGUAUCUUUUCCAUACGAUUAUGGAUGAAACUAAAGAAGCAAAAUAUCGAAUCAUCACAAUCUAAGAAAAAGAAUAUUGGAAAUUGUAUAGUCAAUGCAAUAAGUAUUGGUUUAACAGUCUUAACACUUCUAUUAUCAGCAUCAGUUAUGUCACCACUUAAUUUAGGCUAUAGUUCAUUUGCAACAUUCGUUGUAUUUCUUAUUUAUAUGUCAACAAUUAUUUGGAUAAUAACACUUAUAGUAUAUAUUUUAAUUAUUGCAAUUAGUUUUCUCUGGAAAAAAUCUUAUUCAAUUCGUCAACAAUUAUCAUAUGGAACAGCAUCAUUUUUUAUUGGAAGCUUUUUGAUAUGCUCAUUAUUUAUGUUAAUAGUAGCUGUGACGAUAAAUUCUGCACUUUCCGGUUUUGGACUUGGGCUUGCACUAGCAUUGAGUCAUACACUACUUGUUGGUGGUAUUGUUGGAGCUAUUCUUUAUCAUUCAAAAACAGUGAAAAUCAUUUGUUCUGUACUAGCUGCGAUCGGAUGUGUAGGAGUUUGUCUUAUACUAUGGUAUUACUUGAUUGAUGGUUAUACUAUGAAAAUAGACAUUAUAAUUCCAUCGGAAAGAUUUCCACAUAAUCUAACAAAUGAUCCAUCGUUAAAUGGAAAUUAUUCUUACGGAUUUCUUACAUAUGGAAGUGGUUUCGAUAAUCGAAUUGAAUAUGGUUCGAAAGCAUCAAUUAUAACACCAACCAUUGAUUUAUCUUCAAUAAUUACAUUAUCAUCAUUUAAUAAGCAAUAUUUUAAAUAUAAUGAAUCGGCUCUUCCAUUGAAUGGUCAAAUAUGGUAUCCGACUAAUAUAAGCAAUGGUCCAUAUCCAAUUGUUCUAAUGGUACAUGGUAAUCAUAUAUCGACAGAAUCAAGUGAACCUGGUUAUGAAUAUUUGGGUACAAUGCUUGCUAGUCAAGGUUUUCUAGCUGUUUCAAUUGAUGAAAAUUUUUUGAAUGUUGCUCCACUCUAUUCUGGAACUGGAUAUGGUCGAAUGUCAAAAAUAAAAAAAUAUGAUGUCAGUUUUAGUAGACGAUCCCAAUUCAUUGCACGAGCACUCAUUAUAUUAGAAACAUUAAAACAAUUAUGCUUAUGGAAUACACAAGAAAAAAAUCAAUUUUAUAAUCAACUAGAUUUGUCUAAUAUUGGUUUGAUGGGUCAUUCAGUUGGUGGUGAAACAAUUGUUAUUGCCUAUAUGUUAAAUAAAUUAAAAUAUUUACCUGAUUAUCCAACAUCAAUAUCAUUAAAUAAUUAUAAUUUUGGAAUAAAAGCAUUAUUUUCUAUUAGUGGUACAGAUGAUGGUUAUACACCAUUAGGACACAGUCUUGAAUCACAUGAUGUAACAAUGUUUGGUAUUCAUGGUAUUUAUGAUGGAGAUUUAUCAUCAUUUUUAUUUCAAGCUAAAUUAAAAAAUUUACAAUUUACAUCAAAUAGUAGCAAUUAUAAUUUUAAAGCAUCAUUAUAUGUACAUCAAGCUAAUCAUGGACAAUUUAAUACAAAUUGGGGACGAUAUGAUCUUAUGCCUGGAGUAAAUCAAUUAAUGAAUGUUCGUCCAAUAAUGACAAUUGAACGUCAACAACAUAUAUGUAAAAUGUAUAUGGCUGCUUUAAUGAAUAUUGUUCUCAAAAAUAAAAUGCAAUAUCGUAUAUUAUUUGAAGAUUAUCGUGCUGGAUUAACUUAUUUACAUCAUACGAAUUAUAUAUCAACAUUUCAAGAUUCAAACGAAAUUGUCAUUGCUGAUUUUGAAAAUUAUGAUGUUACUCUCGGAACAAUCACUGGUUCAACAAUCAAUGCGACAAACUUAUUAUUGUGGGGUUCAGUUUAUGUAAACGUUUAUCGUUCGGCAAUGUUAAUCUUACAACCAGUUGAAAAUCUAGUUGGUAAGUAUGCAAUUAAUUUACAAAAUUCAAUCAAUGGAUCUAGUAUAAGAUUUAUGAUUGGUCGUACACCUGAAGGACAAGUAGAUAAUUUAACAGUAUUACUAUGGUAUGAAAAUGAAACAUUUGAUUCUUUUAUCGUACAUGUAUUACCUGCUCUUAGCAAAAGAAUAUUUAAAUUAAGUUCAACAGAAUAUGUAACUGCUGUACAGACAAUAUCUCUUCCAUUGUUAUCUCCUGUUAUUGGCUUAGAAUUUGUUGUCAAUGAUACGAAUGCACAAUUUUUGAUUGAUAAUAUAGUUGUCGCAAAGUGA